AUGAAGCUCCCAAUUCUCGUCAUCGCCUUAAUUUCGGAGACUUUGGCUCAAGGUAAUGGCCCCUUCAUAGCAGAGUUCCUCUUCAAUUGCCCUGACCUGGCCGAAUACAUGCCUGAGGGUGUAAAACACGCCAAGGUUUUUGGAUUCGAGAACUUCGGAAAACCGCAUCUUCAUAACUACACAUUUGACUUUGAAAGAAAACAAUGGAAUGCAUCCGAGUGGGGUUUUUGGCUUUUGAAAUUCAACCGACUUCGAAAUUUUGAGGCGAACAUUAAAAAAAACAAAAUUAAUUUUCGUGAUUUCAGGCCUGUUCGUUUGGCUCCUCCGGGUGCAACGCGCGGUUACUGGGCAUUCUUUUCCGAGAAUUUCGACCGAAUUGCAGUUACGCACUUGGUUGACGGGUAGGUGUUAAAGGUGGGUUGUCGCAGCAAAAUGUCUCGUCGAAAGAACGGUGCAGUCGCGCACCCAAAUCCCCAGCCGCGGCUAGCCGUCGCAAAGCGAUGAUGGGCGAUUCCAAGGCGCGACGACCACCGUUAUUUUCCCGACAGACUCAUAACCAGAAGUUCUGGCAUUUUUUUCUUCAAGUGCGUCGCUCAGAUUUUGAUGAAACUCGUCAAAAAUUAGGAUUUGAAAAAGAAAAAAAAAAAAACCAAAAAAAAAUGUUUUUCGGGGCUAAGGUAGUACAACCCCCCAGUCCAGUUCAGCCCCCCUUGACCCAGUAUAAACCCCGUCAUCCAAUCUGAAGCGCCUACUCGGGAUUGAGUUUUCUCGGCUACGAUCAGCGUUGCCUGAACCACAAGAACGACCAAAGCCCCUGUUUUUCUUUUUGACCGCUCUCCGCGUUUCGCGUGCUCUCUCGGCUGCAAAGAUUAUUGAAUAUCUCGGCUGCGCCUGCAAAAGGCAAGCUAAAGAUUUGAGGAGUUGAUAUGUGGCCAAUGCCAGAAGUGUGUGUAAAAUUUAAAUAAAAUCUGAGCGUCGCACAUGGAAAAGAUGCAAGAACAAAAAAAUAAAAAAAAAUUGUUUUCUUUGUUAAUUUUUUUUAUCAUUUUUAGCAAAAUUUUUUAUUACUGGCUAGACACGCCUGACCAAACUUUGGAACUGCCUGGAAAUAACAGAUUGUUUCAACGGGUCUUUAUGAUUGGGACAGCGGUGUAUUAUUGGGUGGAGGAUGACACAGGUAAUAAGGAUCAGUUUCUCCGGAGUUGGGGCAAACCCGGCGAUGCCGAACGGAUUUAUGAACGCCCAUCGUGGACGGGUGGCGGCAAAAAACUCUACCUCUACCUGCUCUACCUGCCCGAUGUGGAUAUUAUGUAUUAUUUGAACCUCGACAGGGAAUGUAUGCAGCUUUUUAAAAUUGUGGCGGAAGUAAGGAAAUGAAAAAAAAUUGAUUGUAAGGCAAAAAUACCAAGAUAUUGUAUUUGUUAUAUAUAAAAAAAAGAUUUCUUUUAUUAUUUUAGGGGAUUUACGAACAGCCAUGCGACAAAUCUAUUGGAAUUUACGCCAGAGCCAAACCAGGCGUGAUUUAUCCGCUUGUAAGUUGUUUCAUUUUUUGUGAAUUUUAACAAUAUUUUAGUCCAAAUUCGCAUGGCUUGGAAGAAACUGCGUGUUCGAUUACAAAAGCUUUUUUCCAUACCUCGCACAACAUGCCUUUGCGUAUAUCCGUUUUGACUACCAACCGCCCACGGUAGGUGCAAAUUAUUUUUAUUUUUUAUGCACGGUGCAAGGCAAAGUAAUCAAAAACUUACGAAUUUUGAAAAAAUUUUUUCGCAUAGUUCAGAUGCAAUUUUUUGAUCUCUCAACCCGUGAAAUCUUUGAUUGCACAGUGCGAAGAAACGUUUCGAGAUUUUUCUGCACAGUGCGGUUUUUGCAAAACCUUGGGUUGCAACCCCCUUGAUUCUGACAAGUUUUUGCACUGCAAUUUUUCACGCAACUUUUUGAUCGCUCAAUUCAUGAAAUUCUUUGAUUGCACAGUGCGAAGGAAAGUUUCGGGACUUUUUGGACCACACCAUGCAAAAUUUGGCUUAAUUGCACAGUGCGAAAAAGAUUUCCUAUUGAAUGCACUGUGCGAAAGGCAAAGAAAAAACAUUCUGAGCCGCACAGUGCACGCUGUUUUUUUUUUUUGAUUGCAAGGAAAAAAAAUUAAAAUUAAAAUGUUUUGCUGGAAUUGUAAGCUUUAUUUAGGCAACAACGACCACCACAACCACGACCACCACGACCACUACGACCACCACGACCACUACGACCACCACAACUACCACUACCACGGUAUAUUUUUUUGCAAAUUUCUUUAUUUACUCUGCGACACAGUAUUGUGUUGACUGCACAGUGCAGAAAAAAGUUACGGUUCAAAUGAUGCUGUAAGGUUUAUUUUCAGACCACCACAACAACAACGACCACCACUACCACGACUCCAACAUCUACUACAACUACAGUACCUUCUACGGUAGGUCGGACAUUGCUAAAAAGGCCACCCCAAAUUUUUUGAUUUUUAAAAUUUGCACAGUGCGUUAUUUGUUGACGAACGCACUGUGCAUUGAAAAUUCCGUUGCACUGUGCAGUCAAAGCCAUUUUUAUGUUUUAUUUUUAGACUACCACAACAACAACGACUACCACUUCCACGACUAGCACUCCGACGUCUACUACAGUACUCUCCACUGUAAGUUUAUGGCAGGGCUCAAGUUUGAAUUUCGAACUGGAUUUUUCUGACUGCACAAUGCAGUAAAAAGAGAAAAAUUGUAAUUCAAAUUUUUCUGUAAAUGUUAUCACUAAAUGAGAAAACUCCAUUUUAGACCACCACAACAACAACGACCACCACGACUACUGCUCCGACGUGUACUACAGUGACCACUACGGUAUGUUUAUGGCUAAUGACAUGUAAUGCUCAGAAAUCACUGCGCAGUCAAGAUUUUUUUAUCAUGAAAAAAACUUUGCUUUGCUUUUGUCACUGUACCGUGCGAUGGAAAAGUUUUUUUCCCAUUCUCCGAUCCACAGGGUUCACAGUGCACAAAAUGUGUACUGCACAGUGCGGAAUUUUUCACAAAAUUUUGUACAACCUUUUUUUGCUGCGCGAUUUUUUUUGACUGCACCGUGCAAUCGGAAUUUUUCCUCACGGUGGAGCUUUUGUGAACCUUUGGGUUGUGACCCCGCUCGAUUGUGACGCAGAAAUUUUCAGACUACAACAACAACAACCACCACGACGUUGACCAAGUCUACAAGUACAUCAUCCAUUAAAGUACCGCCGACUCUAUCGCCAACAACAAUUGAUCCCAGUGCCAAGCCAAGUACAAGUAAUAUGUCUUACGUCAUCACAGCGUUGCCUGCACAGUAAGAUAUUUUUGAGCAGGCCAACGAUUUUAAAGCCCUUCGAAACGUAAUAUGAUCGUCUAUUUUUAGCUUCGAAGAAUUGGUGGGGUCAUCGAACAACACAACUAUCUACAUCACUGUUGGCUCGAUCCUCGGCUUGCUCGCCCUUCUCUUCCUUAGUUCCAUUGUAAUUGCGGUGGUCUAUAGAAGAAGGAAGGAUAGGGUAAAGAACUUGUUUAGGCCGCAUAAACGCACCGGGGUUUUAGAAAGAAAAGGCAAAUGAGAGAAAGUUCAAAGCCUCAGGCAAACGCCGUCGUAGGUCGAAGAGAAAAUUGACAAAGACGAGUGGUACUGAUGUCGGGACAAAGACGGAUACUCGCUCUUCAAUGGGAAAUAAGAAGUCGUCUAAGGUAAGGGAGGAAAUUUAAAAAAUUUUGAGACUGCACUGUGCAACCAGAAAAUAUAUUUUUUUUGCACUGUGCGGCAAAAAUUUUUCUGCACGGUGCAGUUGGAAUUAAAAGAGAGUUUUUUACAGAUUGAAGCUUCUCAUAACAAGGGCCGGACAUUUCGAAAAAACGACCAACUCAGAAUCUUUUGAUAUUUUGCAUAGUUGUUGCACUGUGAUAGCUGUACGUCAGCGUGAAUUUUUAGUUUCUGAAACUACCGUAUACGGGGGUUACGGUAGGUACAAUUUUCACAAAGAUUGGGUUCGUGUGUAAAAACCCCGAGGGGUAAAAGCACAAAACCUUGCUGUUGUACGCUUUGACCAUGGGGAACAUUUUCAUAAUUGACAACUUUACCAUUGGAUGUUGCCUUCGACUACUUUGAAAAAUACCAAAGUAUUUUUCAAAGGCAUUCUACUUGUCUCAACUUUUGAAACCUCUCAAAAAUACUUUGACAUAGGUGUAACAACAUAUCAAAAAUGCGCGAAAAUAAAAGGGGUGGUUUUGGAGUUACGGUACUUUGAAGGCAGCCGGUACGGUAUUUCAAAAAAUCAUUUUUUUCAAAACCGGUGUGGAAGACCCGCAAACCUUGCCAAAAUACGUUUUCGACCAUGGCGAACAUUUUUGUAAUUGACACUUUUUCUGUAGGAUGCGGCCUUCGACCGCUAUGAGAAAUGUCAAGAUACCAUGAUCAAUAUAACUUUGCGGCAUUCUACUUGUCUCAACUUUUGAAACCUCUCAAAUAUACCUUGACAUGUAUGCAACAACAUAUCAAAAAUGCACGAAAAUAAAAGGGGUGGUUUUGGAGUUACGGUACUUUGAAGGCAGCCGGUACCGUAUAUCAAAAUUUCAUUUUUUCUAAAAUUGACGUAGAAACCCCGCAAACCUCGUCGAAAUACGUUUUCGAACCUCGCGAACAUUUUUGUAAUUGACACUUUUUUUGUAGGAUGCGGCCUUCGACCGCUAUGAGAAAUGUCAAGAUACCAUGAUCAAUAUAACUUUCCGGCAUUCAACUUGUCUCAACUUUUGAAACCUUUUAGAAACACCUUGACAUAUGUGUAACAACAUAUCAAAAAUUUAGGAAAAUAAAAGGGGUGGUUUUGGAGUUAUGGUACUUUGAAUUUUGGACAUACAGUACACCUCGAUUUAUUCUCGGCUCAACUUUACGUAGAUUGUCUUAAAAACAAAAUGUAAUGUUCUAUGAAUGUUGUACGACCCUCAAAAACUAUUUUCACCAGGAAACUCAGAAAAUUUUGGCCUAAGCAUACUGUAACAUAUCGUGCGCAGAUAAUUGGUUACUGUAACAGCAAGAUCAGCGAUUUGUUAAAUGUUUUGUACCGAUUACCACGGUGUAGAGUCGUGUGUGCCAUACGACAGUAAAAUCUUCCAAAUUCAGACAUCAGCAUCACAACAAAAGUUCGGUGUACUGUAUGAUCAAGAUUAAAAGUACCAUAACUCCAAAACCACCCCUUUUAUUUUCCUAAAUUUUUGAUAUGUUGUUACACAUAUGUCAAAGUGUUUUUAAAAGGUUUCAAAAGUUGAGACAAGUUGAAUGCCGCAAAGUUAUAUUGAUCAUGGUAUCUUGACAUUUCUCAUAGCGGUCGAAGGCCGCAUCCUACAAAAAAAGUUUCAAUCACAAAAAUGUUCGCGAGGUUCGAAAACGUAUUUCGACGAGGUUUGCGGGGUUUCUACGUCAAUUUUAGAAAAAAUGAAAUUUUGAUAUACGGUACCGGCUGCCUUCAAAGUACCGAAACUCCAAAACCACCCCUUUUAUCUUUGUGCAUUUUUGAUAUGUUGUUACAUGCAUGUCAAGGUACAUUUGAGAGGUUUCAAAAGUUGAGACAAGUUGAAUGCUGAUAAGUUAUAUUGUUCAUGGUAUAUUGGUCAUUUCCCAAGUAGUCGACGACUGCAUCCUACAGAAAAAGUGUCAAUUACAAAAAUGUUCGCCAUGGUCGAAAACAUAUUUUGGCAAGGUUUGCGGGUCUUCCACACCGGUUUUGAAAGAAAUGGUUUUUUGAAAUACCGUAUCGGCAACAUCCAAAGUACCAUAACUCCAAAACCACCCCUUUUAUUUCCGCGCAUUUUUGGUAUGUUGUUACACACAUGUCAAAGUAUGUUUGAGAGGUUUCAAAAGUUGAGACAAGUAGAAUGCCGAAAAGUUAUAUUGGAUAUGGUACCUUGGUAUUUUUCAAAGUAGUCGAAAGCUAUAUCCUACGGCGAAAGUGUCAAUUAUGAAAAUGUUCCCCAUGGUCAAAAACGUAAAACAGCGAAGUUUUGUGUCUUUACUCCUUGGGGUUUUUACACACGAACCCAAUCUUUCUGAAAAUUGUAUCUACCGUAACCCCCGUAUACGGUAAUUUCUGAAACUAAAAAUUCGUACUGACGUUCAGCUAUCAUAGUACAACAAUUACGCAAAAUAUCAAAAGAUUCUAAGUUGGUCGUUUUUUCGAAAUGUCCGGGCCAUCCUUCGAGUUGUAAAAAACUCUCUUUUAAAAUAAAAUAUUUCCUUGUUGUUUGCACGGUGCAGGCCAAUUUGAUGACUGCACUGAAGCGAUGGGUAAUGAUUUUUUGCACAGUUCCAGAUCUUUUUUUUUGCAUUGUUACAAAACAACACUGAAAAAAAUCAUUAAAAAUUUUUUUUUCAGAAAGCCAAGAAGAGAACUAAGUCGGUCGAUCGCUCUGUUCCGACCCAUAAAACCUCAUCGCUUAGGUUGAAGAAAGCGGAAAGCCGAGAUUAUCCCUAA